GGCUUUGACCCACAAAGUCAUUUUAAUCACACUCGUUUCAGUUUCUUUAAACAACUGCUUUGCCAAUAUGUCGAGCACCAACCACUCGGUGCGAGAUAGCAGCUGGAUCAGCUGGUUUCUUGGCCUCCAUGGUAACGAGUUCCUCUGCCGGGUGCCACCCGAUUACCUAGAGGAUAAAUUCAAUUUCACGGGCCUGGAAUCGCUGGUGGUGAACUUCAGUCAUGCCCUGGACUUGCUCCUGGAUCCGGAAUACGACAAUCAGGGCUGGGAUAAUGGUGUGGAUACGACCGAUGCGGAGCAGCUGUAUGGCCUGAUCCACGCCCGAUACAUUCUAACGCCGCGUGGCGUGGAGGAUAUGUGUCUGAAGUACGAGAGGGGCGACUUCGGUUCGUGUCCGAGGGUCUACUGUAAGGGACAGAAGACCCUGCCCGUCGGCCUCUCCGAUCAGUUCAGUCAGAAGCACGUGAAGGUCUACUGUCCGCGUUGCCACGACGUCUUCCAUCCCAGAACUCGAUUUGCUCUGCUGGAUGGAGCCAUGUUUGGGACCAGUUUUCCGCACAUGUUCUUCAUGCAGCUGCCGAACUUGAGACCCCAGCCACCCCAGGAGAAGUACGUGGCACGUCUCUAUGGUUUCCAGCUGCAUCAGAAGGCCCUGAUGCCAUCAGAAUCGCCUGAACGAGAGCCCAGAAACUCCGGAUCCUCGCUCAGCAAGUCCACCUUUGGAAACCUAUCCAGUUCAAUGGCAUCCUGUGCACCUUCUUUGCAUCCCAUCAAGUUUUAAUGUUUAACUUUUUUCAGGAUAAUUUGCUGCAAUUAAAGGCAUUCCUAAGCAGUGCGUUGAUAUCGCCAGAUACACACAACAAACACCUACAGAUUAUUUAAAGCUGGCCAUAUCAACCACUUCAAUGAGUAUCAAA